AUGGUCGAGCAGGCAGUAGUGUCACUAUUUGUGUCAUUCUCGCGAGUGACGCGACCAAUCUUUCUCACUUCAGAGGAAUCCCCCGAGAAGGUCAAAAUGCCGCUCGAAUCGACUAUGAUCUGUUUGGACAAUUCCGAGUGGAUGCGGAAUGGCGACUACAUUCCCUCGCGAUUAGAGGCUCAGCAUGACGCAGCGAAUCUGCUGUGUGGCACCAAGACGCAGUCAAAUCCAGAGAGUACAGUGGGCGUGCUGGCGAUGGCUGGGAAGAGCAUCCAAGUCCUGGCAUCGCCGACUGACAGCAUGGGCACGCUACUAAGUGCGAUUCAUCGUGUCGAAAUUGGCGGCACGAUGAAGCUCGCGAAUGCCAUUCAGGUGGCCCAACUGGCUCUCAAGCACCGACGCAACAAGACAGGUGGUCAACGCGUAGUGGUAUUUAUUGGCUCACCCAUUGAAGAAGAUGAGAAACAGCUGACCAAGAUUGGCAAGCUACUGAAAAAGAACAACAUUGCUGUUGAUGUGGUCAGCAUGGGCGAAUUGGAUGCCAAUGCUGCUAAAUUGCAGGCAUUUGUAGACGCAGCCAGUAGUAACAACAACAGUCACCUCGUGACAGUACCAGCAGGAGUACUGCCCUCGGAUGUACUAGUAUCGUCACCUGUACUACACGGAGACGAUGGUGCUGCUGCCGCAGCUGCUAGCGGUGGCGGUGGCGGCGAUGGCACUUACACUGAGUACGGCGGCGUGGACCCGAGCAUGGACCCCGAGCUGGCUUUGGCCCUUCGUGUAUCGAUGGAGGAAGAGCGUGCCCGUCAAGAGGCUGCCCAGAAGCGCGCAGCUGAAGCCGAGGCUACUGCUGUAUCUGCAUCUGCUACACCUGCUGCAGUCUCCGCUUCCGAGCAAACUGUACCAGCCAUGGAGGCAGCCGUUGCAUCGGCAGCGGCGCCCGCGGCUGCCGCCUCCUCGAUGCCCACUCCUGCACCAGCACCAGCGUCCAACUUGCCGUUUAUGGACCCUAAAUUUGUCAAUUCAUUGCUGUCAGGAUUGCCUGGCGUGGACCCAAAUGAUCCAAAGAUUCAGGCUGCUAUGGCGCAGCUGGCGAAGAAAGACGAGAAGAAGAAGGAUGGUAACGACGAAGAGAAGAAGGAGGACGAGUAG